GAAAAAUCAUUGUUCAGUUCACAACAACAAGCAACAAACAACAUGGCAUUCAAGCUCGUACUUUUCGCCGCCGUAGUCGCCGUAGCACGCGCCUCCCACAGUGGAGUCCUCGCCCCCUUGGCCCUCAACGCCCACAACUCCAUCUCCACCUACUCCACCCACCAACAACACGCCCCCACAGUCCACGCCUAUGCUGCCCCAGCCCUCCAAGCCUACGCUGCUCCUGCAGUCCACGCCUACGCCGCGCAUGCACCAGUAGUCCACGCCUACGCCCCAGUAGUCCACGCCCAUGAACCCUCGGCCCCCGCCCACUACGACUACGGAUACGGCGUCAGCGAUCCUCACACCGGAGACCACCACAGCCAGCAGGAAUCCCGCAGAGGAGACGCCGUGAGAGGCAGCUACUCCCUCAUCGAAGCUGACGGCAGCAAGCGUACCGUGGAAUACGCAGCUGACGACCACACCGGCUUCAAUGCUGUAGUGCACAACGAGCCGGCAGCUGUGCACGUCAAGGCCGUUGCACCUGUCGCUUACGCCGCUCAGGCUCCCGUCGUCCACGCUAGACUGGCUGCCCCAGCGUAUGCUGCCCACACCGUAGCUGCCCCGUCUCUGGUUCACGGAUACGCUGCCCACACCGUGGCUGCUCCGUCUUUGGUGAACGCGUACGCUGCUCCCUCUUUGGCGCAUGGGUACGCUGCUCAAGCUUGGGCUGCCCCGUCUUUGGCUGCCCAUACUGUGGUCGCCCCGGCUGUCGCUCAAGGGUACUCCGCUCCACUUGUCGCUUCCCACGGACUGUCCCAUAACGUAUGGUGA